AUGUUAGGGACUGUGAAAAUGGAAGGGCAUGAAACCAGCGACUGGAACAGCUACUACGCCGACACUCAGGAGGCCUAUUCCUCGGUGCCCGUGAGCAACAUGAACUCAGGGCUGGGCUCCAUGAACACCAUGAACACCUACAUGACCAUGAACACCAUGACGACGAGUGGCAACAUGACCUCCAGCUCCUUCAACAUGUCCUACGCCAACACGGGGCUGGGGGCCGGGCUGAGCCCUGGCGCCGUGGCCGGCAUGCCAGCGGGCUCGGCAGGGCCCGUGAACGGCAUGCCGGCCAGCGUGGCCGCCAUGGGCACGGCGCUGAGCCCCGGCGGCAUCAACGCCAUGUCUGCCCAGCCAGCCCCCAUGAACGGGCUGAGCCCCUACGGCGGCAUGAACCCCUGCAUGAGCCCCAUGGCCUACACCCAGUCCAACCUCGGCAGGACGCGGGACGCCAAGACAUUCAAGCGGAGCUACCCCCACGCCAAGCCGCCCUACUCCUACAUCUCCCUCAUCACCAUGGCCAUCCAGCAGGCACCCAGCAAGAUGCUGACGCUGAGCGAGAUCUACCAGUGGAUCAUGGACCUUUUCCCCUACUACCGGCAGAACCAGCAGCGCUGGCAGAACAGCAUCCGCCACUCGCUCUCCUUCAACGACUGCUUCGUCAAGGUGGCCCGCUCCCCUGACAAGCCUGGCAAGGGCUCCUACUGGACCCUGCAUCCCGACUCCGGCAACAUGUUUGAAAACGGCUGCUACCUCCGCCGGCAAAAGCGCUUCAAGUGCGAGAAGCCAGCGAACAGCAAAGCCCCUCAGGAGGGAAGGAAAGAUCAGGCCGGGGCCUCCAGUUCCAGCUCCAACUCCCCCCUGCACAGAGGCCACAAUAAACCGGCGCAGCUGGACACCGCCACCUCCCUCUCUAGCUCCAACCCGUCCACCAGCCCCCAGUCUAUGGACCACAGCGGAUCGAGCACAGAGCUAAAGACCUCGGCCUCGGCCGCCUCCUCCACCAUCAGCUCCGUCCCCGCCUUGGCCUCCGUCCCGCACCCCCCUCACUCCUUAGCCCACGAAUCCCAGCUCCACCUCAAGGGCGAUCCCCACUACUCCUUCAACCACCCUUUUUCCAUCAACAACCUCAUGUCCUCCUCAGAGCAGCAGCACAAGCUGGACUUCAAAGCCUACGAGCAGGCGCUGCAAUAUUCCUCCUACGGGGCCAGCAUCCCUGGCGGGCUGCCCCUGGGCAGCGCUUCCAUGGCGGGCCGGAGCAGCAUCGAGCCCUCGGCCCUAGAGCCUUCCUACUACCAAGGUGUGUAUUCCAGACCCGUGCUAAACACCUCCUAG